AUGAGUGAAAAGACAUAUUAUUUUUUGGAUUCGGCUACUCAAAUAGUCCAGGUGUACAACUAUGUUCUAUAUAUUCUGACGUUAGGUGCAGAAGUAAGGUGGAGAAUGCUGAAGCUUGCGCACGGUAGUUCCAACUUUUCUGUAUCGAGCGUGGAUUACGAUCGGCCAGUAAAGCCAAAAAGGGAGGCUCAGAAGAGAAAGAAUGUCCAUUUCGACGACGAGCCAGUCAGUACGAAAGCUGAACCAUCUACGAUGUCCACUGCGACAUUCAUUCGUCAGAAAGGGAUGCAGUGGAAAUCACUGGCGCAUACCUUUGGAUGUGAUGAAGAUUUCACGAAAGAUGAUGCGAUGCUUAUGAACGAACUGCUCAACCUUUGCAGCUUUUGGGCUGACAGCGAACCUGGAUUCGAGAGCACUGACGAACACAGCGAUAGCGCCGAAGAGUCGGACAGUGACGAUGAUUUAGAAUGUUUGAAACGUCUAGCAAUGUUCACUUCCUCAGUAUCUACUGAUCGUCCGACUUCUGGUCCAUGCAGUUCUUCGAGCUCUGGUGUGAGCAGUCUUCGAUUUGGCAGCAUUCUCCGUCUCAACAGUCAUUCACGCGAUUGUGCAGUUUCCGAAAGUGACACAAUUAGCCGAAUUUCAUCACCUUCCUAUCAUAUCUCGGGAGACCUUGACUGCCAAAGUCAACUAUGUACGAGUACAUCAGAUCACUUCGAAAAUGCUUUUAGAGGAGUUGUGGAUGACAAUGAAGUCAGCCAAAGUUCCGACUACAUUCCAGUCUCCGCUUCAAAUGAUUUCUGGUCACAAGUAGAGUUCUAG